AUGACAAGCGCAACUGAAACAUCAAUGGAACAAAUAAAAAUUGUUAAAACUGAACAGGAUACUGAUCAACAACAAAUUCAUAAGUAAAAAAAAAUACACAUAUAUAUUUUCUUU